AUGAUGAUGGAUGGAGCUACAGAAGCCGACCUUUUCCUCCACUGUACGGACAUGUCUGUCUUAGAGCGCCAAAGGGCUCACCUCAAUUACCACCAUCCCGGUCUCGACUCCACUCUCGCCGGCUUCUUCUCCGAUUCCUCAAUGAUUCACGCCGGCGGCUUUCUGGGGACGGCCGGUUUGGAAUUUCCGGUGAUUUACGGGGAGACGACGAUGGAGAGUGAGUCUAGACUCUCAAUUUCGCCGGAGAAGAUUACUCCUGCGUCGUUUGGGUCUGGGAAUUUCAAGAAAAGAAAGUUCGAUAGUGUCGUCACUGAGACUAAGGAUCUUGAUGAGAAGAAGAAGAAGAAGAAGAUGAGGAACAGAGAAGAAGUUGAAGUUGAAGUAGAAGAAGAAGAGAAGUCGAAAAUAACAGAGCAAAACAAUGAGAGCACCAAAAGCAUCAUGAAGAUGAACAAGAAAUCCAGGAAAGAACAAAACGAUUGCUCGAAUGGUUCAUCAAAAGUGACCAAGGAAAUGCAGAAAUCGGAUUACAUUCAUGUUCGUGCACGGCGAGGCCAAGCCACUGAUAGUCACAGCAUUGCAGAACGAGCAAGAAGAGAAAAGAUCAGUGAGAGGAUGAAGUUUCUUCAAGAUUUGGUUCCUGGAUGCGACAAGAUCACAGGCAAAGCAGGGAUGCUUGAUGAGAUCAUCAACUAUGUUCAAUCUCUUCAGAGACAAGUCGAGUUCUUAUCGAUGAAACUAGCAGCUGUGAGUCCCAGAAUGGAUUUCGAUAUUGAUGAAUUUUUCGCGAAAGAGGUUGUCUCAGCUCCAGUGACGAACCUAGCAAACAAUGUGACGCCAUCACAUGAGAUGGUUAACUGCUGUUAUCCUCAUGAGAUGGUUAAUUCCGGUUAUCUUCAUUUCAAUCCAAUGCAGCAACAUCAAAAUUGUCAAGCUCCUUCGAUGUGGGACUCUGAUGUGCAAAAUCUUUAUAGCAGUUUAGGAGUUUGA